UCGGCGCUAGCACCUGGAGCGAGCGGCGAGGGGCGCGCCAGAUGGUUUGACACGACAACGGCGCGCCAGAGUUUAUGAUCGUCCGCGGGGCCUCCAUGCCUCCUCCUCCUCCUCCUCACAGCACCCCCCGCGUCCUCCCCUCACGCCACCUCCGAAUGUUAACAGCUAUUUAGAGUGUUUCCCGAAAGUGGCACAGACGAGGCAGCCAGCGAACUCCUUCAACCAAUACAAGUUGGUUUAUUUCGCUUCACCUGGACGAUCUAAAUAUUUUUUCAAAGUUUCUUUUCGCAAGUGUUGACAAGUUUUGUUGCCUUGGUGAUAUAACCUGGACGCGGCCACCUGCGGGCGAGUCUCACUUAGACGGACAUGACAGUGUGAGGAGGUUUUAGUGAGGUUUGUGUUUGGACGGUGUUGGGAGACCUCAACUACCCGGCGUGGAGGUGGGCGUGGUGUGGCGUGGACUGACUUAAGCGAGCUCUGCGCCGCGUGGUGUGAGCGGUGCCUGGCGUGGAGUGGAUUAAGCACCACCGCCGCACGACGCCGUUCACGUUGGCGUUGUGAGAACUUUUCGACUUGAACUCCGCGUCACGCCCGCGGUAACAGCCGUGGUGUGUCCUGUGGGUGUGGAGCAAGAGGCCGAGGUACGGGCGUGAAGGAGGUGGUGGGCGUGUAUCAAAAGACAAUAGACGUUGAAGCUGAGGCUUGGGCGUGGACCCAGACAUUGAGGUGCACGGGCGUAUACGAAAGGUGAGGUGGGCGUGGCUACGGCACGGGCGUGGAUCAAGAGCCUGAGACGCGGGCGUGGACGUGGGCGUGAUGGGUGAGCCCCGAGGCUUGAGGGGGGAGCUCCACCUGCCAGGACUCGGUUACCUGCACCCCGUCCACGUGCUGUCGCAGCUGGCCAGACCUGUCCCUUUACCCAUGGGCGUGCCCCCCUUCACCCUCACCCCACCCAUGCCUCACGCCCUGAAGAUGAUGGGCGGGGGCAUGGGCAUGUACCCGUGGGGCCUCAAUCUACAGACCUCCAUGUUGGGGUCGAUGCGCCCCGGAGGACCCACCCUUGGCCGAGGUCUUCCUUCUCCUGACCGUCACCUCCAACACCAACCUGACGAUGGUAAAGAAUGUGAGGACGGCAGCGUGGACGGUGACGCGGCGGCCAAGCGGCGACGGUCAAGGACCAACUUCAACUCUUGGCAGCUGGAGGAGCUGGAGCGAGCCUUCGAGGCCUCUCACUACCCCGACGUGUUCAUGAGGGAGGCUCUGGCCAUGAGGCUUGGACUAACGGAGAGUAGAGUCGCCGUGUGGUUCCAGAACCGACGGGCUAAGUGGCGUAAGAAAGAACACACGAGGAAGGGUCCGGGGCGCCCCGCCCACAACGCCCACCCACAGUCCUGCUCCGGGGAGCCCAUCCCUCCUGACGAACUGGAGCGCCGGGAACGACUCCGUCGGGAGAAGAAAAUGCUGAAGCAGCUGGAGCGUCAACAACGUAAGUUGGCUCUCAAGGGCGUCCACGUGACCCUCGAGCAGCUGCGACGCGAGUACGAGAACCAGCACAAGCCGGAGCCCGAGAUCGAUGUGGUGGGUGAGUCCGGGCAGGAGCAGCGGACACAGCCGCAGGAGACCACCGUCAAGAGACCGACCUUCUCUAUUGAGAGCAUCCUGGCUCCUUCCCGCCCCGAGGACCGCGGCCCGCCCUCACCAGGCACUCUCCUGAGAGGGGCUCCCACUCCCCCUCCCACACCCCAGGACAUCCGGCACCCUCUUCACCUACAGACCAAGCACGAGAUGCAGGACCCAGCAUCAGACUGCGACAUACCAGAAGCGUCAGGAGAACACUUCUCGGCGUAUAACUCAGACGACCAAAGCCUAACACACCAUCACUCCGAGGCGCCCUCAAGAGUAGACUCACUAGGUACAGUGGAUUCACUAGAUCCUUUAAGUACAAUGGACAUACAUGCUGCCUCAGGUCCGCUGGCUUCUCUAGACACGUCAGGUAAAGCCGAUGACUCACGAGACAAACUCGAGGUGGGAGCAUCUGUGGGCUGCAAACCCGAGGAGCUGCCUGGAGAAGACGCAGACGGACGAGAGUGCUGAUUCUUCGUCAGUAUCACUAGUCAGAAAAAAUCCUGAAGUCCGUAAUAUGAUGAUGACGUCACCUGGGUGUCACAAGUGUUUACGGUCAGAUGUUUUUAAGUAAUUAUCUGAGAAUAAACUAAAGUUAGUGACUCGGGAAGUGUUAACUAUUUUCUCAGUCUUCACAAGUCUUGAACGUCAGCUCUUCUAUGCCCUUUAUAUUCUUUAGCAUUAACCUUCGUCUGUCCUGAGUGAACUAAAACAACCACAACCAAAAUCUAUCUUUAAAAUGUCCUAAAAACUGAAUAUCUUCUUUCCAUUAAUUACUAAGGGUCCUCCACCACCACCACCACCACCACCACCUCCACCUCCUCCACCUCCACCACCA